AUGGCUGACGAGUCUAGAAUAUCGCCCUAUAACGUCUCUGACUGCAAGAACACGACCGACGAUGCCCUCCAAAACUAUCUGAACGGUCUCAAGUUCCGUCAAACACACUGGUACACCGACGUCAAGCUUGGUCUAGGAUACACUGCUGUCAUCAUUGCCGCUGCCACCUUUGCUCUGGACUACAAAUAUGGCUUCGAAGCUACAAAAGCUUUCACCACCGUGGCUGUUGUCUUGUACUUCCUCCUGAAUGGUGUCUUUACAUUCUGGAUCUGGCAGGUCGAGAAGGGCAUGGUUUACGUCGGUGCCUGGAAAGGUCGCAAGGUCAGUCGCCGGAAAUCACCUCUUCAGAUACUACGCUUGAAGCUAACACGCAACAAGAUCUCCAUCUCGACUCGCGCAGACAAGUUCGAUCCAACAUAUAAGCUCAGCGUCACAUACAGCCCCUCCGCACUCAUAACCAUCCCUCCGGUCGACAAGGAAAUCUCGGCCCCUUUUAUGCAAUGGUUCACCGCCGAUGGUUUCUUCGCACCUGCUCCCUUCCAACAAUGGCUUGCAUCAAACAUCGACAUGGUUGGCGAUGCUGAUCCGAAGAACGUUGUUGACGAAGCUGCCGGUGUCGUGACUGCUCACUCAGUGCAGCCAGAAGGUCUCAAGGAUCUUCUCAACGUCAUCAAGACUGGUCCUCCUCCUGCUGCUGCUCCCAGGAGAAGAGGCUAG